GGCAAGUAUAACACAGCUAGAUACACAGCAGAUACACAGCUAGAUACACAGCUUUGUAACAAGAUAGUAUAGCGCAAUGAGAAUCGCGGGCUUGCUGUUGCUGGUCGUCAGCCCGGCUUUCUGCGCAGUCCCCCGGCUGAGAAAAGUCUCUGUUCCUCCAGAUGUUGAAGACCUAAGGAAAGGAAAUGUUCAAAAAAUAAAUGCCUCAGAAGAAAAACGAAAUGCUGUGUUGGGCUUCUGGGAAGUGGUGGAGAACAAGCGGGAGAUCAAGUCUGGCAAUCAGACAACAGCUUUCAAAAUAAUGCGUGAGAUAAAGCAAACAAUGGGGUCCUGGCACGAGCGACAGGACGUGGAGAUCAUGUGGGAGAACAUAAUCUCUGGCAACAAUCCACCACCUUCCAUAGUUCCGGGUCUUGGCUGGAGCGAGUUUACCUUAUACAGCCCAUGUGACGCUACUUGCAAAAAGUACCGAUUGCGAUUCUGCAUCAACUCCGACCCCGCAGCGUGCGACAGCAACUAUCCAUCGGGUGUAGAGAAAAAAUGGAUUUCCUGUACCGUUGACGAAUGCAAUGCGCCUGUCGAUGGUCACUGGGGCCGCUGGACAGCGUGGAGCGCCUGCAGUAAAACAUGUGGAGAUGGAACUCAAACUAGAACGAGGGUGUGCGAUGACCCUGCUCCAAAGAACGGUGGAAGCGCAUGCGUAGGGGAUAGCUCACAGACUCAGGCCUGCAAAAUAGCAACGUGUUGGAUAGUGGCAAUGACCAAAAAAUGAACACCAAAUCAGGAAUGGACCAUGGACUCGAUUGGAGCGGGGAAAUCAACAAUGAUCAUUCGAUAAUCAGUGGCAACACUAGAACAUGAAGAUACCGAAUAAAACACCGAAUAAAUGAUGAACUGCUGCAAA